AUGGCAAUGGGCCGCGGAUAUCAAUCAAAGGACGACUUCUGGGAAAUCAUUACUUCACCUGGCGGCAGAGACAUCGAACAUCAAAGCGGACUGCAGUGCAAUGUCACGCAUGAUUUUGGUAAUACACCACUUCACGCAGCUUCUUGCACAAAAGAAGCUACUGAAAAACCGAUACGUCGGUUGAAUUCCAACCCUUAUCCGCCACUUCGGAGAAAAACCACCCAGGUAGAUCUUUCACGCCUUGUUGUAGAUAUUUUGGCACGCAAGCCUAAGCCCUCUUGCCGUGGCAGCGAGGAAGCAAUCCUGAUUCUGUUGAAAUAUGGAGCUGUGGUUAACAUGAAGAAUCGGCAAGGUGUUACUGCGUUGCAUCUCGCAUCCGAAAGCCGCGAUUUGAGCCGAUUGGAAGCGUUACUGGAUAAUGUCGCUGACAUUAAUGCCACUGAUAACGUGGGAUGGACGGCGCUGCGAUGUGCUAUCAGUAUUGGCUCGGUUCCAACAGUGAAGCUUCUCCUGCGGCAAAAACCGGACUUGAGAUGA